AUGACUGCAUAUGAGAUAGCAUUGCCAUGGUGUCUAACACAAAUCUAUUGGCUACAUACAUAUGUAGCGGUUGACUUUAAUAUUUUGGCUGUCAUGGGAUAUGACCGGUAUGUUGCCAUCUGUUAUCCACUACAUUACCACAGCAUCAUGUCUAGUUCCAAGAUUUGUAAACUUGUUGCAUUGGCAUGGCUAUAUCCUUUUUUUAUCUUUCUGAUGUACUUCUCAUUGACUUUGAAAUUGAAGUUUUGUGGGAGGUUCAUACAUUUUAAAUUGUUUUUAAUAAACUACUCUAUUGGAGCGUUUUUUGAAAUUGCUCAAAGUAGAUUUAACAUGAGUGGGACACCUUUUAUGUUUCGGAUCACCAUGUCAGUAUACUAUGCAUUGCUUACACCAUUGAUAAACCCUGCAAUUUACGGAAUGGCCAGUGAGAUCUUGCAUGGAGCCCCAGAACUGAGUCGGAAUGAGGGACCCGACUGCCCCGAGCCCUCCAAACUGCCCCAGCGCCACUUCUGUGCGGUGUGUGGUUUUCCGUCUCCGUACACCUGCAUUUCCUGUGGGGCACGCUACUUCUGUGUCCACUGCCUGGGCACGCAUCAUGAGACCAUGUACAGCACUGGCACUGCAGAGGGUGUGUCUGAAGUGGACUGUGUGAUGCUCUCUGUUGGUGCAUGUGAAUGGCUGCCUCAUUCCAUUGCUUGA